CUCAAGUGUAAAAAUCGAGUAAAGCUAGCCAUCAGCUUGUCACAAAACACUCCGACUCCCUUUCUAGAAAAUAUUCGUCUCUGUUAACUUUCCAACUGUUUUAGGUCUUCCUUACACCUGGUUGGCUAGAUGGAGCAACCGGAGAACAGGAAAGUAGGACGUGAAGCUAAAGAAUCAGACGAGGAGGAGAAAUGGGUUCAUGAUUCUUCCGUCGAUUAUAAGGGAAGAGUUCCUCUUCGAAGUUCAACUGGAGUCUGGACAGCCUCUCUUUUUAUCAUCACAAUUGAGUUUAGUGAGAGGCUUAGCAACUUCGGAAUAACUGCCAAUCUCAUCUCAUACCUCACCAAAGUGAUCCAUCAAGACCUCAAAACAGCAGCAAAGAGUGUGAACUAUUGGGCAGGAGUAACAACAAUGAUGCCCUUGUUUGGAGGGUUCCUAGCUGAUGCCUACACAGGCCGGUUUUCAAUGGUCCUGCUGUCAUCCCUCGUAUAUCUUUUGGGUCUGAGCCUCUUGACGAUGUCCCAGUUCAUUCCAAGUCUACAACCAUGCGAUGUAGGGGAGUGUGAAAAGGCGAGAAAGAUCCAUGAAGUGGUUUUUUUCCUUGCUAUGUAUUCCAUCUCCCUUGGAACAGGAGGUCACAAGCCAUGCCUCCAGAGCUUCGGUGCUGAUCAGUUCGAUGAUGAUCACGCUGAAGAAAGGAAGAAGAAGCUGUCUUACUUCAAUUGGUGGAACAUUGCACUUUGUUGCGGCCUCGUGCUUGGAGUAACAGUAAUAGUUUACAUCGAAGACAACAUCAGCUGGGGUGUUGCAAUCCUUAUUCUCACUAUUACAAUGGCUGUUACUGUAGCAACAUUCUAUAUGGGAAAGCCUUAUUACCGAUACAGGUUACCAGAAGGGAGUGGUUUGACAUCCAUGUUGCAGGUUUUGGUUGCAGCUGUAAGGAAGAGAACAUUACCUUCUCCUUCUAAUCCUGCUCUUCUAUAUGAAGUCCCCAGUUAUAAAAUCCAAGGCAGACUUUUAGGACACACAGACAGGCUCACGUUUCUAGAUAAAGCUGCUGUGCUUGAAGAGGAGGAAGUUUCAAAUGAGGUGAAACAUAACCCUUGGAGACUAGCAACAGUGACAAAAGUAGAGGAGAUGAAGCUUGUUCUGAACAUAAUUCCUAUAUGGUUAACUUCAUUACCAUUUGGAUUAUGUGUGGUACAAACAGCAACAUUCUUUGUUAAACAAGGAGCUACGCUCAACAGAAAGAUAGGUCACAAUUUUGAGAUCCCACCAGCCUCCAUUUUCUCUCUCUCGGCCGUCGGGAUGAUUAUCUCUGUGGUCAUCUACGACAAAAUUCUUGUUCCAUUUUUAAGGAGAGCUACUGGCAAUGAAAGAGGCAUUAGUAUCCUCAAAAGAAUUGGUAGUGGCAUGAUUUUUUCCGUAGCAUCCAUGUCGGUUGCAGCCUUGGUUGAAAGGAAGAGACAAAAGAUUGCCGAAGAGGAUAUUAAUGUGCUAGCCGGAGAGAAAAAUGUGGAAUUGCCAAUGAGCGUGUUCUGGCUGGCACCCCAAUUCUUGAUUCUCGGCCUGGGAGAUGGGUUCACUUUGGUUGGCCUGCAAGAGUUUUUUUAUGACCAAGUUCCAGAUUCAAUGAGAAGUUUGGGCAUGGCUUUUUUUCUUAGUGUGCUUGGAGCUGGGAACUUUUUAAGUAGCUUUCUAAUAACCACCGUGGAUCAUAUUACAGAGAAAGAUGGCAAAGGUUGGAUUGGCAAGGACCUGAACUCCAGUCGCUUGGACAAAUUUUACUGGCUUUUGGCAGCCAUCAAUUCCGUGAAUAUAUUUGUUUAUGUGCUCUUUGCGAGGAGGUAUACUUACAAAACUGUGCAGAGAAGGUUGGCUGCGACUAAUUUGAACAAGGAUGAUGGGAUGGAGUUGAUGCCCUGAAUUUAUUGGAAUGUAAAUUGUGUGGAAUAUGCCAGAAAGACUAAAAAUUGUUGCUUGCAACCCGCAUUUUUUUUUUUUGGUUAUCCAUUUGUUCUUGGCGUGUUGAAUAUUCCCUGAACUUGUAACCGGUAAGAAAAUGACGAAAAGAUCCAUUCCCUAUAAGGCAUGAGUGUAAGAUUUACUGUUGGAAAAUAAAAGGGUUUUAUAGGCAGGUUAAUUAAUUUUGACAAAGUCAAGGAUGUUAUUUAA